AUGCUUCACCUGGGUAUAGCACGCGGAGGACCUGAUAUUUCUCGGCAAGUGGUUGUAGCUGCCCAGCCUUCUGACUUUACUCUGAAUAACAUGUCAGGCUGCAACCCACUAAUGACCUUAGUGGAUAGGGGAUUUAGCGACUUGUUUGCUUUAUUUCUGUCUAAAGGUCCAGCUCCUGCCAUUGAUCUUCUAGAAAAGCAGAUUUUAUCCUAUGCAGUCGCAUCCGGCAAAGAGUCAAUUGCCCUACAAAUCCUUCGGAUCAGAGGCUUCCAAGCUCGCCUUGGGGCGGGAGAUGGCGAAGAUUUGCUCCUUUCCGCUUCCGCUACCGGCCUUAAGAGUGUUGUAAAGGAGUUGCUGUUAUGCUACUCCAGUCGAAAUGCGGUAAAUGUCGACAAUUUGAACGCCUUGCAGCUCGCCGCGCAGUCCAAUCAAUUCCAAAUGAUCCGGCUACUGCUGGACUUCGAGGUAUGCCCUCGUGGAGACCGACAUGGAGACUUCGGGACUUUCCGACGACUUUACUCGCAUGAAAGUUAUAGCGGCAUAAUGCUAGAUAUGGAGUCUCUGCUUCAUUGUGCGGUUCAGGGUCGCAACCAGGCGCUGAUAGAAAUCAUUCUUGAGCUGACGACGUACCCGGACUAUAAGCGGCUUCUAAAAGCCGCCGCGCAAUACGACGUACUGGACACAGUUCAAUUGUCAAUAGAGCGUAUUCCUAAUUUUGAAGCGCAGUUUAGCCUAGGACAUUUGCUUAUACUCGCUGCCCGACAUAAUUCCAGUUCGGUCGUCACCUUCUUGUUAAGCAAAUACUCUAUUGACCCGAACUUUACCGACUCUGCUAGACGUACCGCGCUUUGGUACGCCGUAUCAGGCUGCUGUAUACCUAUCAUCUCGUUCUUACUAACUCGAGAUGAUCUUGACCCGAACAUACCAGACGACACCGGCUGUUCCCCUCUCCGUCUUGCUGCGGUACAGCGUGAUCCCAGUCACGAUAUUCUUGAGUUAUUGGCUUUAGACUCUCGCAUUAUUCCUGCCUACCAAAACCAAGGAAUAGCAGCAACCAGUGCUAUUCGGAAGCAACGUGAUUACCAAUUGCUUAAACGACUACGAAGACGAGGUUUCAUUGAUGUUGGUUUUCGCGGAAGGAAGCGCAAGGUCAAAAACCUAAAUUAG